UUGCAUCUCUCUUUUUAGUAGCGGAAACCACUCUGGUAGUGUCAGUGUGAGUCACCCACAAUGAUUUCUCCAGUGCUUGUCUUGUUCUCGGGUUUUCUCUGCCAUGUUGCUAUUGCAGGACGGACCUGUCCCAAGCCAGAUGAUUUGCCAUUUUCCGUGGUUGUUCCAUUAAAAGCAUCCUAUGACCCAGGGGAGCAGAUCACAUACUCCUGCAAGCCGGGCUACGUGUCCCGGGGAGGGAUGAGGCGGUUCACCUGCCCACUCACGGGGAUGUGGCCCAUCAACACGCUGAAAUGUACUCCCAGAGUGUGUCCUUUCGCUGGAAUCUUAGAAAAUGGAGCAGUACGCUAUACAACUUUUGAAUAUCCAAACACGAUCAGUUUUGCUUGCAACACCGGGUUUUAUCUGAAUGGAACGAAUUCUGCCAAAUGUACCGAGGAAGGGAAAUGGAGUCCGGAGCUUCCUGUCUGCACUCCGGUAACCUGUCCUCCACCACCUUUGCCUAAGUUUGCAACACUGAGUGUUUAUAAGCCGUCAGCUGGAAACAACUCUCUUUAUCGGGACACAGCAGUUUUUGAAUGUUUGCCACUCUAUGUGAUGUUUGGAAAUGACACAGUUACCUGCACAUCACAUGGAAAUUGGACUGAACUACCAGAAUGCAGGGAAGUAAAAUGCCCAUUUCCAUCAAGACCAGACAAUGGAUUUGUGAACUAUCCGGCAAAACAAGCACUUUAUUACAAGGAUAAAGCCACGUACGGUUGCCAUGAUGCCUACACCUUGGAUGGCCCAGAAGAGGUCGAAUGCACCAAACUGGGUAACUGGUCUGCCACACCAAGUUGUAAAGCAUCUUGUAAAGUUUCUGUUAAAAAAGCCACUGUAAUAUACCAAGGAGAGCGAGUCAAGAUUCAGGAAAAAUUUAAGAAUGGAAUGCUGCAUGGUGAUAAAGUUUCUUUCUUCUGCAAAAACAAGGAAAAGAAAUGUAGCUAUACAGAGGAUGCGCAGUGCAUAGAUGGCACCCUUGAAGUCCCCACAUGCUUCAAGGAACACAGUUCUUUGGCUUUCUGGAAAACCGAUGCCUGGGAUGUGAAGCCAUGCUAAAGUGAUUUUCAGAUUAAAAAUUCAGUGUCAUUUUGUAUCUUGUUUGUUGAAGGAACCUAAUGGAAGUGGAAAAAUAAAGCUACCAAAUGUAUUGC